UUAGCAUCGUGCCGAGGCACAACUUUGCCGAGGCCCUGCGAGAUCCAGGCGCGCGCCGGAGGAAAUAUAGUCCCUGCCGGCCGGCGGCUCGCGCGAGCGGCGGCGGCGGCGGGGCGGGCGCGCGCGGGGCUGCGCGGGGCUCCCGGGCGCCUGGGGGCCAUGCGCCGGCCAGCGCGGGGGGCCCGGGGACCCGGCGCAACUUGCCGGCCGGCCUGAGGAGUUGCAGCGGCCGCGAGCUCGGCGCCGCGGCGCCCGGCCGCCUUUCUUCCCCCUCGCCAGACUCGCACCCCCCCGGCUCCCUCCGGUUCGGCCUCGGGGGAGGGGGCUCGUGUGCACCCCCCGCCGCGGACGCCCGGUCCGCCCCCGCCGGCUCCCGCCCCGGCGGAGUCGCGCAACUUCCCGGGAGCCGGGGCCAAAGUGAGCGCAAAGUGCUGCCCAAGUUGCCGGGAUGGAGCUGCAGAGCCGGCCCGAGGCGCUCGCCGUGGAACUCGCGCGCCACCAGAACGGCGACCUCAAGAAGCAGCUCCACGAAAGGCAACCGCGGAUCGCCGCGCUCAGCGACAAACAAGCUUUGGGAGCCAUCACUGCAGUGCCUGUCACAGGUCCUCAGGUCAGCUCCUUGCAGAGGCUGGCCGGGCAAGGAGCGGUGGUGCUACCUCAGGUUAGGCCAAAGACUCUGAUUCCAGACAGCCUCCCCGUCACCCCAGGCCGGGACCGGCCGCCCAAGCAGCCCCCGACGUUCCAGAAGGCCACCGUGGUCAGUAUCAAGAACCCCAGCCCAGCCCUCCCCACCGCCAACAACACCGUGAGCCAUGUGCCAGCGCCCGGCAGCCAGCCCCAGGCCCUCGCUGAGCCCGCCGCCGUCGCCUCUCCCCUGAGCAGUGCCGGGGUGGCUUACGCCAUCAUCUCCACCGCCCCCAGCAAUGCCGCCGCCAUCGCCCCCAGCACCGCGGUGUCUGUGGUCAGCGACAGCGUCAAGGUCCAGCCCCUCCUCAUCAGCGCCGACAAGAAGGUCAUCAUCAUCCAGCCUCAGGUGCAGACGCAGCCCGAGAGCACGGCGGAGCCGCGGCCGCCCACGGAGGAGCCAUCUCAGGGAGCUCAGGCGACCAAAAAGAAGGAGGAGGACCGGCCCCCGAGCCAGGAGAACCCCGAGAAAAUCGCCUUCAUGGUAGCUCUGGGCCUGGUCACAACGGAGCACUUGGAAGAAAUCCAGAGCAAACGCCAAGAGCGGAAGAGAAGAAGCACAGCGAAUCCCGCCUACAGUGGCCUCCUGGAGACAGAGAGGAAACGGCUGGCGUCCAACUAUCUCAACACCCCCCUGUUCCUCACAGCAAGAGCCAAUGAGGACCCCUGCUGGAAGAGCGAGAUUGCCCAUGACGAGCUCUGUGCUGCCUGCAAGCGAGGGGCCGACCUGCAGCCUUGUGGCACCUGCCCGGGGGCCUACCACCUCAGCUGCCUGGACCCGCCCCUCAAGACCGCGCCCAAGGGCGUGUGGCGGUGCCCCAAGUGCCAGCAGAAGGCCUUAAAGAAAGACGACAGUGUGCCCUGGACCGGGAUGCUGGCCAUUGUGCACUCCUACGUCACCCACAAGACGGUCAAGGAAGAAGAGAAGCAGAAGCUGCUGCAGAGAGGCAGCGAGCUACAGAGCGAGCACCAGCAGCUGGAGGAGCGGGACCGGCGCCUGGCCUCGGCCGUGAAGAAAUGCCUAGAGCUUAAGACGAGCCUGCUGGCCCAGCAGAGGGGCACCCAGUUGUCCUUGGACCGCCUGCGGGCCCUCCUGAGACGGAUACAGGGCGGGCAGAGGCUGCAGGUCACCAUGGCAACCACCAGCCCCGCCCCGCUGCUGACCGGGGCCUGGACCAAGCCCCCAGCCGCAGCCAUGCACUCUGCCCUCCAGCACCCUCAGGGGCACAACUGACCCCGCGGGACCGGCUUCACACCCACGGAAGGUUCCUGGGACCCCGCUCAGCAGACCUGAGGUUUCUGUCCGCCUUAAUUCAUAAACACUAUGAAUUUCAAAUGAAAAUAAAACCCAACCGAGAGAGAGAGAGAAAAGGAGGGAGAAGGAACCGGGUGGAAGUCCUAGAGCCGGGACCGGUGGGGAUGGAGUCCUCCUGUCCGCGUUCCGACGGGACGCCAAGGAAGCCAGGUGGGCACGGGACGGCCGGGGACGCAGUCAGCGCCCGGCUCUUUGGGGGCUCCCAGGCCUCCGGUUUCCAGGCACCGCUGUCUCCUCGGCUUCGGGCUGCCCCCCGGGAGAGAGAAGGGCAGAGGUCGGGAGGGGAGCCAGGAACCCGAAGACCUAGCUAAGUAGUAGCAGUAGUUGGGACGAGCAGUGGGUAGCGAAUCUAGGUAGGACUCCGCGCCCCUCCCACUCGGGGGCCCGGGGCUCGAGGCCGGGGCGCCCCAGCGCCUUCCUGGAACGCGGGCCCCGCUCUGUCAGUAUUAUUAGCGUUCAGAGUCACGGCUGUCCAACUUGAAAGAGACUACGAGGUGGGUCCCUCCGGGGAGGGACUCUGCGGUCUCCACCUGCCAGGGCCUCCGCACCCCGGGUCUCCGGAGCGCCCGCGCUGCACGCCUCCUGCCCUCUGCUGAGCUUCGGGGCUCCUUGUGCCAUCGAUGUGGUUUUCUCGGAGUUUCUGGGCAAGACGGAGCUGCAGGCUGCAGGGGAGGCCUGUGGCGGGUUUUCUUUCUGGGGUUGAAUCCCUCCACUUACGACUGAAGCCUUUUCUUUUCUGCUUUCGAAGAGCCGAGAAAGUGUUCCAUUUCUCUUUUCUUGCCAGUACAGACAUUUAUGCCAAAAAAUAACUUUACAUUUUUGUAUGGCGUUUUUAUUGUAAGAUAUUUAAUGUGAAGGGGGGACGCUUGCUGACUUCUUUUCCUGCUUCCGGUGGUCUCUGCUGCAAGGUACGAACGCGGAAACCCCUCCUGGGGGACCGCCCAACCGGAGAGAUCCGGAGGGUCCCCUCAGACGGAGGGGAGGUCAGGGUGGGGAGGGAGGGGGGCAGUGGCCUCGGGAGGGUUUGGCCUUCGGAGACACAAGAGUCCCUCUUCUUGCUGUCUCCUCGUGAUCCUGAGAGCUGGGGGCACGUGUGUCAUAGAAGGGCUCCCGCCUCCCGAGGUGGAGGCCCACCCCCCAGCCUCUCCAGUCCUGAGGGACAUAGCACAACAGGAUAAGCAUCCGGAAGCCACCGGGCUCCCACCCCAGCAUAUCACACGGUGCCCAAUUGCAUUGAACACACGUGUGUGUGUGCACACACAGUCCCAGACACACACGCACACGUGCACGCCGACAGGUGCAGAGCGGGGAGGCUGGCCGGGAUCCCACAGACUGCCAUGGUCCCUCCCGUCAUUUUCUCGACUCCGGGAGAAACUGUGCUGUACGAUACAGAUCUAUUUUAAUACACUUAACACUGGGUUGAACAAGAUUUUUAUAUUCUUUUAUUGAUGAACAAAGUGAACUGUGAGACACACGUCUUCUAUAUUGGUUACUCUAGAUGCCAGUUACGCAUUCCCACGGGGCUUGCGAUGUAAGUGUCUUCAGAAUCCUUUUUGUUGGUUUGUUUUUCUUCUUGGAUGGAUUGAAUUGAAUUAAACUAAAAAAAAAAAAAAGUAAUGGGAGAAUGUGGAAGGUUGGACCCGGGAGGGGUAGCUGCCGACGUGUCUUGAGACUUAGUGUUUUUGGACCAAGGAGGACCGUCCAGUGAAUAGUGAGGAUAGAGAAAAAGUGUUCGUCUUGAAUAUGCCGACGUAGUUUUCCUUCUGUACGACGCAUUAAACUCGACUGAGGAUUUCAAA